AUGGGGGACAAGGGAGGGGGCAAGCGGGAGAGGAAACCAGGGAAGGAGGCAGGAGAGGAAUGGUGCAGGGAGCAGAGGCCCCCUGAGCUGGUCAUUGUGUUCCCUGCAGGAGAUUCUUGGGGGAUCUUUGCCUUCCUGUGUGCCGCACUCUGGAACCUGCCCACGAUCCCUGCCCUGAACAGCACAGACGAGGUGGGCGCCGUCCAGUCCAUCCAGAAGACCUACGACCUCACCAGGUAUCUGGAACACCAGCUGCGCACGCUCGCCGGCACCUAUCUGAAUUACCUUGGCCCCCCCUUCAAUGAGCCAGACUUCAACCCUCCCCGGAUGACAAGGGCCGAGAUGGUGCCCAGUGCCACUGUGGACUUUGAGUUGUGGCGCAACCUGAAUGACAAUGCCCGGCUGGCAGCCAAUUACCGGGCCUACACGCACCUGCUAUGCUACCUGCACAGCAUGGAUGGGCAGGUGGCCAAGGCUGAGCUGCGCAAGAACCUGGGCCACUUCUGCACCAGCCUGCAGGGCCUUGUGGUGAGCAUUGCCAGCGUCAUGUCCUCGCUGGGCUACCCGCUGCCCAGCCCGCUGGGCAGCGCCAACCCCACCUGGGCCCAGGGGCCGGGCGCCACUAGCACCCACAAUGACUUCCUCAAGAAGAUGGACGACUUCUGGCUGCUCAAGGAGCUGCAGACCUGGCUGUGGCGCUCCGCCAAGGACUUCAACCGCCUGAAGAAGAAGGUGCCGCCUGCUGCCCUCAUGCUGCGCCUCGAGGCGCGGGGUUUCUGA